AGCUCAGGAUGAAGGUCUGUCUCACUCUGAUCUGCCUCCUCUUCCUCACUCUGCAGGAUGGAGACGCUGCAGGAACUCGUGCAGGAAAGGAAGGAGAAAACAUCACAGUUGGAUUUAAAUUUAGUUUUUCUGGAAGCCCAAUGUACUUCUGCAAGGAAAACUGUGAAGGAGAAAAUAUUCUGAUUGAAACAAAAGAAAACACAGCUCAGAAAGGCAGAUACAGCAUUGAGUGGGUAAAAAAUGAUUUUAUGUCAUAUGUUUUCUUUGUGAGCAUCUCAGAACUGAAACGGUCUGACUCAGGAUGGUACCGAUGUGCUUUGGGUUCAAUCACAUAUCGAUAUGAAGAUUUUUAUCUGGAUGUGACUGAAGCUUCAAACAGUUUAGAACCAAACUGGACCCUGGAAACUUUUACAGCAACAUUUCUAUCAUCAACUUCUGUAACAACAGCAGCAACAUUAACACAAAGGUUGAUUUCCUCUUCAUCUACAACCAUCCAACAGACCACAAUAUUAUCUGAACCCAAUGGUGAAACAUUUCCGCUGCUUUAUGUGGGUCUGGGUCUGGCCGUCCUGAUCGUCUUGUUAGCGACGGUUCUGCUGAUUUACUGCCAGAGGAAACGCUUCCAUCAACAGAAAGGUCUGCAGCUUUAUGUGAUUCUGACUCUGAUCGCCAAGAUCAUCUUGUUAUCGACGCCUUUGGUGAUUUUCUGCUGGAACAGUUGGGCCAUGAAAAGCAAAGAUCUGCAGCUUUAUGUGAUUCUGACUCUGAUCGCCAAGAUCAUCUUGUUAUCAACACCUUUGGUGAUUUUCUGCUGGAAGUGGCGAUCCGCCAUGAUAAACAAAGAUUCUGCUGUGGGAACCGAGUCUGAUGACGUCUCUCAGAUCGAUCCAGAACUGGAGGAAAUCAAAGAGGACAGACAGAACAAUUCACCUGCUGAGGAAAUAUCUUCAGUUUAUUCCUGAACUAAACUCUGAAAUAAUCAGAUGAGAGAUGAAAACUUAUCGUUUCGUGUUUUCACAAAAAAUGUUUUCUAGUUGUUUAAAACUUGGUUAAAAUAUGUUCAUGCCAUGAAUGUUACAGAAGAUGUUUAACCCAUAACUAUAUUAUAUAAGUCUCUGCAGAAAUAUAUUUCAGACUUUGGCUAAAUAAACUGUUAUGUCUUUAAGUUGUAACUAACUCAUCCCUUGACAAAUUUAGAAAAAUUGCUGUCCUUUAAUUCAACACAACCUCAUGUGUGAGUUUAUGUUGGGUUUUUUUUAAAUAAAAAUGUAAAAAAGCAUUAUAUGCUGUUGUGACACAUUGGACUGAUUUCUUAAAACAGUAAAACCUACAAACAUGUAAAUUGGAUCAUUUUUAUAACUUGGUAUGCAAACAUAUUGUGUCCGUUUCUAAAACCUG